CUGAUCUACAAUGUUCCAAGAAAGCCGUCCCAUAAUCAUAAGCUUCCAAUGACAGUGCAUACUAGAGUGGUGAAUACAGAAUCCCAUAACAACCAUGUAUUAAUUAAAGUAACACUAUAUCAUAACAUAACAUAAGAGAUACAAUAAAAAAUUGUAUAAUUUUGUAUGAGACAGGAGGGUAAAUGUGAUUGGUGAAGUAGGGUAAUGAAGAUGUUGACCCGCAUUUCUAUCCGCGGAAGCGGCACAAGGAAUUGAAGUUGAAGGAGAGAUGAAGAGAGAAAGCAUGGGGAUUGGGGAGGGUACUGUGCUAAAUAAAAAGAAAACAAAAAGGACACACAGAAUCCUCGCACUGUCUUAUGUGACCUGCUCACCUGCACUUCACUUUUUGUCCAAUCCUAUCUUCUUUGUUUAGGUUGUCGUGUCUUUCUUUUCGUUUUGCAAACUGCAAUUCAUCUCUCUCUGUUUGGCGGGAAAACCAAGCCAUGGUUUGCCAAGAUUCGUCAUCGGAGACCGCUCCAUCGCCGGAGCUUCUUAAAACUGCUUCUCCUUCUUCAGCGGAAUCCAGCUUUCGUGAACUUGAUGAUGCCUUUCUGCAGACUCAAACGAGAAUUUGGCUCGGGGAAGUAUUGAAGAUAAGAUUGAAUGAGCAACUCAUUAUAUCCGAACUCCUUGCUGAUGGAGAAUUGCUGUUUUUAGUGUCAAAAGUGGUGUGGAAAUUGCUGUUGGCAAAGCAUAUGGAGCUAAAACACAUAAAAGCUUCCAAAAGCCAGCCAUUUGCUUCUAAGAGUAACAGUGGGAGAUAUAGACCUUAUUCUAAUGUUGAUUCAUUCCUGAAGAUUUGCAAAAUCUUGGAAUUGACCGGAGUUGACCUAUUCUCUCCAUCAGAUGUUGUUGAGAGAAGAAAUACUCGAAAAGUAUGCAUGUGUAUACGCUCAUUCUCCAAAAAAUUAAGGUCUAAGGAUAUAGAUGUUCCAGAUUUUGAUAUUGUUAAUGUUACUUGUGCCGUAACCAUGCCGAAGGAUGUGGUUGGAGACAUACGUAAAAGCAUAGAGCUGUCUCACAGAAGGCCUGCAGAUUCUUCCACUUAUUACUUACAGAAGAAUUCAGGGAAAGAAUCCAGGGAGGUCUACUACUCCGUUACAGACUCAAUCAAAGACUGGGAAACAUAUUCAGACCAAUCUAAUUACACAGAAAUCAAACAUCUAGUACAUCAUUUUGAUGACUUGUGUGAUUAUGCAUCAGAGAUACAGUGCAAUUCAACUUCUUCAAUGGUUGAAAAUGAUUUUAUGUCCACCAGUUUAGAUGAACUGGGCAGUCGAAGCCAGCAGAGACCAAGAAUUUCUGAUGAUGAGUUUCAAUUGUUAUGCUCAAGGGAAUUAUUACAAUAUCAUAUCUCUGAGACUCCUUAUUCCGGGAAUGUACAUGUUGACUUUAGUGGUGGUAUACCUCAUUUAGAUACUAGGGGCCAAGAAAGUAGAAUGAUGGAAUUUUGUUACACAGAGAAUGAAUUAUUAAGAGAUAAUGGUUCGACCCUUGGAACUCCUAUGAAUAACAGGAUGUCAGUGAUAAGAGAUGUUAGCUCAAAUACAAAAGAUAGUUGGGACCAGGAUCUGCUCAUUGAAAAAAAUAUUCCAGCAGAUGUACAUAAAAGUGCUAGUUCUCAUGGAUCAUGCGCAACUCCACUGAGUAUUGAAAAUGGUAGAUGCUUUGGAGCUGGUGAGAAUAUGGAGGUUCUACAUGAAGUACUGAACUUGGGAGACCAAUUUGAAGCAGAGAAUGAUUAUCAGAAAAGCGAUCAGUGGGAAGGUAUAAAAGAAUAUGAAUCACAGGAGAAAAUGAAGUAUAAGGAAAUUGAACAUGGAAUCACUUAUGGAAAGUAUACAUAUUUUGUCAAGGAACUUGAGGAAACCGAGCAUUCAUUAUAUUCUCCUGAUUGCUUCCUAUGUAAUAAGACUGAUUCUUCGAACAGAGCUGUCUCCGACAGCAAUGACAUAAAUGCAACUAUAUCAGAAAAGUUUCUUUUAUAUGAGGACUGGAAGUCUCAAGUUGAUUCAAUUUCAUCGUCGCUUAAUAGCUGUAGCCAAUGUGGGAAGCUGCUGUCUUGCCAGUCCUCUUCACUACCCCAGUUUUGUAAAUGGGACCAGAAAGGAAAAUUUCCUAUGACAAAAAGUGGAGCUAUAGACAACAAUGAAUCCUCACAUGAGGAAACUAUGCCUCAUAAACAAGAAACUGCUGAAGAGUAUGCGGUUGGUGCAACUGAUUUCAAGUUACUUGCAGAUGAUGAACAGCCAGAAAAUGAUAGUGAGGCUAUAGCAUCAAAUGCUAUGAGUUUGGAUAACUGUGAUGGAAGCGAAGGAGUAAUAGAUAUGAUCACCAAUGAUGCCACUGUUCCUGCCAACUAUGAUGAAGAUGUAUCUAACACUCGGACCUGCAUAACAAAUCAAAGCUCAGAACUUGAAUCCAAUGAUGGUCAUCAAUCAAGUCAAGACGACAUGGUUCUCGUUUGCCAUACAGAACAUACCCUUGAGCCUGAGUUACCUGUUCAAGAAGUAAUAAAUCCGGACAAAGAGAGUGCGCACUCCUUUGACAACUUAGAUGAGAAAGAAGAGAAAAUUGCAGAAAUAUCAAAGUCAAAACCCCGAAAGAAGCUAAUACUGAAAUCAGUGUUUGGUGGUGCCACUGCUGUUGGUUUGUUUUUCCUGUUUUUGCACCUAAGGUUCGUGUUUGACUCGUUUUUUAGGUUGUCAGGAGGAAUGACAAAGACAAAGAUGCAAAUCCAGAACCAAGUAAGGCAUUUAAUGAUGAAGGUAAAGAGAAGAGUAAGAAAUAUUCACCACCAAAAGCAAAGAGGACUACUGAAGGGGUUUAUGCAGCAGAGAAGAUUAAAUUGAAGUAAUCGAUAUUUGAGCCUCUUCUAUAAUAAUAAAAGGUAAAACAAGAUUAGAAAAGAAAAAGUAAAAGAAAGCAUUAGUUUCUUCAACUUGAGAUCUUGGUGUAGGGCUAGAGAUACAAGAGUAUUAGUUUCAUUGGUUACUGGUUAGUGAAUAAUGGUUACUUUGAGAUGGUCAAAAGCCAGCUCCUGUAAUUUUUUUCCUCCUGUGAGGGCUACAGUGAUAAAACUUCAGAGUAGCCUUUUUUUUAGAAGCACAAUCAUCAUAAAGUUCAUACUUUACGGACAAAAUAAUAUCAAAUACAAUAAAAUUCUAUAUCCAAGUA